GAAAGCAACAACCGGACGCGGUUUGUCCAGCAUUUAUUUCCGCGCACUUAACUCGCACUCCAGUCAGUUUCCUCCCGUAGAAAAAGAGCGAGAGAAGUCCGGAGAAGUGGGCGGGUUGAGCCGAGGACGCGCGUGGACACUCGCAGCGACUCUUCGGGCAGACGUCGGCCGGAACGUCGCGUCGAAGCAUCCCGCGUGUGCGUGUCUCGCUCCACGCAACAAGCCGCCCGCAUUCCACGCACAUCCAGGUCAAGUCCACCAUGAAGACGCACGUAUGGAUUUACCAGGCGAUGGUGUGCGCGCUGCUCAGCAUGUUGGAUGCAGGUGACUGCCGGAAGAGCCGACAGUCUCUGCAGCGCUACGAAAAGUCUGAAAACCGCCUGCUGGUCUGCGCCGAAUGCCCGCAGUUGCCCGUGGUGCGCAACAGCCGCUCGCAGGAGCACUGCGCCCGCAAGUGCAAGAAAGUCAAGAAGCACUUCAACUGCAGGGCCUUCAACUUCCACAAGCACAACAGGAAAUGCCACUUGCUCCCCUUCGACCGCUUCAGCCACGGCGCGCAGAAGCAGGCGCACGCCAAUUUCACGCUGUACGAGAAGAAAGAUUACAUAAGGGAGUGCAUCAUGGGACCCAAGGACAACUACAGAGGGAGGAGGUUUUGGACCAAGUCCAACAUAUCGUGUCAAGCCUGGUCUGAUAAUAACAUCAAUGAACACACGUUUUAUCCCGAUAGAUACCCGACACAAGACCUAAGGAGGAAUUUCUGCCGGAAUCCCAACAACGACCCCAACGGUCCGUGGUGCUACACCACCGAUCCCAACGUGCGGGCUGAGGAAUGCGGCGUGCCGCAGUGCUCGGAGGACGUGUGCAUGACGUGCAACGGCGAGGAUUACCGGGGCAAAGUUGACCAAACAGAGAGCGGCAAAGAGUGCCAGAGAUGGGACUCCGCCAGGCCCCACAAGCACACCUUCCAGCCGAAAAGGUACAAGGACAAAGGCUUGGCAGACAAUUACUGUCGCAACCCAGACAACCGCCUUCGUCCCUGGUGCUACACCAUGGAUCCCAAGACUCCGUGGGAGUACUGCAACAUCACCAUGUGUGAAUCCGACUCCAGCGAGGAUCCAGAUGUGAACGCCACGGCGUGGUGCGUCCGGGGAAAAGGCCGAGAGUACCGCGGCACCAUGAAUGUGACUCCCGAGGGGGUGACGUGUCAGCGCUGGGAUUCGCAGUUCCCCCACCAGCACUCCUUUCUUCCCGUCAACUUCAAAUGCAAGGGCCUGCGCGACAACUUCUGCCGCAACCCGGACGGAUCCGAUUACCCGUGGUGCUUCACCAGCGACCCCAACCAGCGACGGGCCAACUGCACGCACAUCCCCAGGUGCGACGCCCAGGCCGCCAGGAAGACCGAAUGCUACGAUGACAACGGGGAGGCGUACCGGGGCACCUUAGCCGUCACCCGCUCGGGGAUUCCUUGCGCCAACUGGUCCCGUCACAUCAACGGCGGGGAUUCUCACUCUACACUAUCCCAUGUAGGGUUGGACAAGAACUACUGCCGGAACCCGGACGGGGACAAGCACGGGCCCUGGUGCUACACGGACCCAAACACCCGCCUGGCCUGGGACUACUGCAAAAUGAAGCACUGCGUUUCCCCGACAUCCACGCCUCCAAACGGGACGCGAACGCCGCCCCCCAAGAUCUCGUGCUUUGUCCACAUCACCACGCGCAUCGUCGGGGGCCGCCAGGUGCGGGGAGCGGACGGCGGCUGGGUCGUCAGCAUCCAAAGAGAAAAGAUCCAUUUGUGCGGAGGCGCUUUGAUCCGAGAAGAUUGGGUGUUGACUGACCAGCAGUGCUUCACAUCCUGCGUUCCCGACCUGAGGGAGUACAGCGUGCAGGUGGGCCUGCGCCACCUGAACGAGUCGUCCCUGCACCCGAGACUGGGAAUUUCUCGCCUCAUCUGCGGCCCGGAGGGAUCCAACCUGGUCAUGCUGAAACUGGCCGACCCCGCCCCCGUGUCCGAGGGCGCCGCCACCAUCCAUCUUCCCGUCAAGGAGUGCCAUGUUGCCGAGGGGACUAACUGCACCAUGUACGGAUGGGGGGAAACCAAAGACAAGGAACGCGAGCAGGCGCUGAACGCGGUGACGAUGCCGAUGGUGGACGACGACAAGUGCUCAAAAAUCAAGGGCGACGCCGGUCGGAGCAGGAUAUGUGCUGGAGGCAAGCGAGGGGAAGGCGUGUGCGAAAAAGACAACGGCGGUCCGCUGGUGUGCCGGGAGCAGGAGCGCCGGGUGGUGGUGGGCGUGAGCAUCCAGCGCACCAAGUGCGCGUCGUCGCGACCGGCGCUCUUCGUCAACGUGGCGUUCUACUCGCAGUGGAUUUACAAAGUCUUCAAGCUUUACCCCAGCCCCGACACGAACUGAGCCGGGGGGGGCGGCGCAGGAGGACGUCGAGCAAAUGGAAUCUCCGCUACGCAAAUGAAGAUUGUGUGAAAGCAGCACGGCCAAAGAAUCGCCUCCUGGAAUAUACUUGAAUGAUCCGACGGUGGCCCGCGGAGGGCGGGACGCUUCGGCGGCGGGACGGGAGCCGCGUCGACGCUCGCAGGCGCGUGCGAAUGUUUGCGGCGUGAGCGCCGAGGAAAACACGCCUCCGCUUUCCGGCCCCUGGCGGGCCGCGUCCGCUCACUCGGAUCUUUUUUCUCUUUUCGCGCAAAGCGAAGCCUUUAUGGAUUUCAGGACGCCAGUUUACGGGUCUUAUAGAUCCCACUUCGCUCCCCCUCGCCGCUAAUGAUGUUUGAUAUAUUUAAAAAGCGAGAGGUGGCUUUACUGUAUUUAUUGUCGACUGCCGUCCAAACGUUUGGGGAAUUUUCUGGCUUCCGCGCCGACGUUAAUUAAGUCCAGAUGAGCACAAAAAAAAAAAAAAUCCAGAGCCUGAGAUUUUGCUGGCUAAAUGAAGAUGUUAUUGGCCGUGGAUAAUGUCAUUUGGAUGAUAAUGAUUCUUUUUUUUUUUUUUUAUCAUAAAUUUCACACCAUCUGGACUAUGAAAGAAUCGAUCCAAUUAAUUCAAUCAGAAAAACCUUUGAGGAAAUGGAGCAACAUGUCAGCUAUGCAAAAAAAAAAAAAAAUUCUGAACAUUUAAAUUAUUUAUGAAGCUAUUUUUCCUGAAGUGACUGUGGCUCGCUCCACAUAUGAAUUUUUUUAUUUUUAUUUUUUUUUCCUUUUCUACAUGUAUAUUUUUUACUCACUCCUAUUUAAUUGAACGAUGGUGUACAUAGCCCAAGUGUAAAUUUCUGUAAAUAUCACAUGGUCAUAUUUUGGAACUUCACAGCAACCGGCUGAAUCUAUUUUUUUAUAAUGUCCAUCAAAGCUGCUACUUUUGGUUUUGUAUUUUGUUGGGCUGUAUUAUUCCCAUUCCAAUUAAAACAAACAAAAAAAAAAACA